AUGGCUCCACUUUUGGUGUUACCGCAAGCACAACACCCAACAGCUAUUGAUAAGCCUCAUGUUCAGGGGCGAGUGUUUACUUUAACUCAAGUUGAGGCCAAGAAGGGAAACGACAAUAUCCAAGGUAUUCUCACUCUGUAUGAGAUUGAUGUGCAUGCCUUAUUCGAUACAGGGUCUACAAAUUCUUUUAUUACACCUCGAGUUGCAUGCCAUAUACCAGUCCUGAAAGUAUCACUAUCGUACUAUUUGAUUGUGACCACGCCCAGGAAUACAGAGUUGGUGGGUAGUGAGAUUUGUAGAGAUUGCAAGAUUAAGGUGCAUGAUAGGGAGCUGCCAGGUGAUCUAGUGGUGUUAGAUAUAAAGGAUUUUGACCUUAUAUUGGGCAUGGAUUGGUUAUCCAGACAUCAUGCUAAGGUUGAUUGUUAUGGGAAGGUGAUUCAUUUUGAAUUACCUCAGCAGGCGACCAUUGUGUAUAGGGGCAUCAAACCAAUGAGCUCAACUCCCAUGAUUUCGGUAAUGAAGGCGGAGAAGCUAGUGCAUCAUAGUUAUGAGGCGUACUUGGCCUUUGUGACGACAGGCAAGGAGAAUAGGAUGGAAUUAUCAAAAAUUCCAAUGGUUCGGGAUUUUCCCAAUGUGUUUCCGGAUGAGUUGUCGGGAUUGCCACCUCCAAGGGAGGUUGACUUCACCAUUGAGUUAGUACCGAGGAUGCAGCCUAUUUCUAAGGCACCUUACAGGAUGGCCCCGAAUGAACUGAAUGAGCUGAAAGUGCAAUUGCAAGAGUUAAUUGAGAAGGGAUUCAUUCGCCCGAAUGCCUCCCCUUAG